AUGACCAAUACUCUAUCCUUGGAUUUUAAGAGUUCAGCUUUACUGAUUGCAUUAAUUCUUGUGCCCAUUGUUGUCCUUGUCUGCGCUGUUGCCAUCGCUCUUGCGUGUUCCGAGUACUGGAGUAUUCACUCCAUCAAGCAAACCUGCCUAUCGUGCUGUCGUCUCAAGAAACAACGGAGACGCAAGCAGAUUCGAUCCGAUCCCGAGGGUUGCAACAUCGUACCAUCGACUCUUGCGACAGAGUGCUCCGAUAUCCAGAUCGAGAUCGAGGUCCCUGUCACCAACCGAGAGCACGUCUAG